AUGCAACCAAACUCAUUCCAUAGCUACAAGACUAAAAAACGUAACAAUUCAUCAAGCACAAUUUAUCGUGAAUCUUUAAUUUUCCAAUUAAUUCUCUUCAAACUGUUUGGUUUAGCACCAUGGUCGAUGAACGUCUCAAAAAUCAUUGGAAAAAAUAUUCCAAUUACUCUUCAAAAUUAUUUAAUUCUUGAUUCGUCUCUUUACGGUGCGGCUUAUAAUAUUUUGUUAAUCAUAAUUUGGAUCAUUUACAAUGUUUAUUCAUCGCUAAUUGUGGUCUAUGAAAAAAAAAAAUUUGAGUCAUUAAUCACUAAAACAGUCGCGAUGAACCUCAUAAUUUUUAGCAUGGUAUCACCGAUUUUCAUGUGGAUUUUCUAUCUAGUGCAUCAAAGAAUAAUAAUCACUGUAAUCAACAAAUUAAUGCAUAUAGACAAGACACUUCACAGAUACUCUGCAUAUUUGUCUAUAAAAAACAAUGCUGUUUUCUUGAUAUUUUUGACCAAUUUCGUGCUGUAUAACUGUUAUGUUAUUUCUUUAAUGUGCGCUCACCCGAUGAUAGUAGUACCAAUAAGAUCUAUACCGUCGUUAAUAAGCAGUUUGAUCCUGAUACAAUAUUCAAUGAUCUUGGACGCAUUUUAUAAACAGUUUAAUAAUAUUAAUUUAAUUAUCUUGCAAUUAUCUGGCGUGAACCCCAACAUUGAAUUACAAAAGCUCUUUGUUUCAAAAAUGCCAUUACGGAGACCUAUUAGAGGUGAUAUUGAUCAUCUUAACAGAUUUCAUGCCGAGUUGUGUGAUAUGUGUGGAAAAGUUUCGAAGUUUUAUGGACUGCCUGUUUUGCUGACGAUAUUAUACUUUAGUGCAGCGAGUAUAUUACUUUUGUAUUAUAUUUUUAUAUUUUUUUCGAAUCCGUUGACUCGGUUUCAGGUGUUUCUCUAUUUAGGAGAUGCAGCGGUGUUUUCAAUUAUGAUCUUUGGUUUUAUUGUAAUGACUUUCAGUGUGAAUAGAGUUAUUAAAGAGAGUAAAAAAACAAGUUUUAUGGUACACUUAAUUUUGGAUCGCUGUACAAUGGAUGAUAAAUUAGAAAAUCAGUUAAUUGAAUUUUCAUUUGAUCUUCUCCAUCGAAAAGUCGAAUUUACUGCUUGCGGAAUUAUAUCUCUAGAUGGCUCUCUUCUCCAAUCAGUUUUGGGUACUAUCGUUACCUAUCUUGUUAUACUUAUACAAUUUUAUAGAGGUGGAAGUUCGAAUGAUCCUGAAAAAUUACAGACGUUUCCCCCAAAUUAA